GCAAAAGGAUUGUAAGAUGACGAAUGGAUGGAUUAAUGAUGGAGGGGAUGAAUUGGACGAUGGAUGCGUAGACGGAACCGGGUGUAUAGCGGGAUCCGGGUGGUCCUAUGUUGGUUUAUUGGAUGAUAUCAAUUGAUGAUGACUGUGUCUUACUUUGCGGGAAAUAUUCGAUGGUAGGGGAUGAAUGAGCGAUCAAAGAUAAUGGGCUGACGAUAGAUACAAUGAGUAGAAUAAUUGCUUCAAUAUUGUGAUUCUAGUGAUGCUUCGAUUUGUUGUUGUUGUUUCGUAGUCGCAAUUAGUUGAUGGAUAAUGUUAGAAUAUCACUUAAGGGGCACUAAGAGUUUAGGUAGGAACAGGAGCGGUUAGGUAGUAGUCUAGGCUCUGCUCAGCUAGUCCGGACUUGCCUGAUGGAGGGCUAGGGUAAUAGUGUUAGGCUUAUUUUAGCAAUAAGUGGAGAUAAUAGGUCCCUGAAGGGUACUACCCCCCUGUCCCUUAGGCGAUCCAUGGAUCUCUCUUGGAUAUUACCCCUCCACCGACAUCCACCAACAUAAAAAAAGAUGAGAGCAUCCAGCGAAGCCACCGACUGUCAAGUCUCCUUUCCUUCUUUAGCAGUAGCAGCAAGUUUAAAACCCCCACGAAGUUGAUAUACUUGCCUACAUAAUCAUGUCCGAUACGAUCUACAAGGCUAGCACCACCGCCCCGGUGAACAUCGCGGUCGUCAAGUACUGGGGUAAACGCGAUGCCAAAUUAAAUCUCCCCACCAAUUCCUCUCUCUCCGUCACUCUAUCACAAGCCGACCUCCGCACCCUCACCACCGCUACCUGCUCCGCGUCUUACCAAGGCCAACCCGACUCCCUCACCCUCAAUGGCGAGCCUUCGGAUAUCACGGGUGCCCGUACACAGGCCUGUUUAAGAGAACUACGAGCCCGUCGAGCCACUCUCGAAUCUGCGAAUCCAUUGCUGCCCAAGCUCUCGUCUUUACCUCUGAAGAUCGUAUCCGAGAACAAUUUCCCCACCGCCGCCGGUCUCGCUUCCUCCGCCGCCGGCUUCGCUGCCCUCGUCCGCGCUAUUGCCGAUCUAUACGAACUCCCCGCCGACCCGACCGAACUCUCCCUCAUCGCUCGCCAAGGCAGCGGUUCCGCGUGUCGAAGUCUGUUCGGCGGAUACGUAGCAUGGAGAGGCGGUGAACAAACCGACGGUCUCGACUCCAAAGCCGUACAAGUCGCGCCCGCAUCCCACUGGCCCACAAUGCGGGCUCUAGUCCUCGUCGUCUCGGCCGCGAAGAAGGGUGUUAGUUCGACAUCCGGUAUGCAGCAGACUGUGCACACUUCCGAUCUGUUCAAGGGGCGUAUUGCGAAUGUUGUUCCUAAGCAUAUGGAUACCAUCGAAGCCGCGAUCCAGAAUAAGGAUUUCGCGACCUUCGCGGAGGUUACGAUGAAGGAGAGCAACUCGUUCCAUGCUUGCUGCGCGGAUACUUAUCCCCCGAUUUAUUACAUGAAUGAUGUUUCCCGCGCGGCGGUUAGGGCGGUUGAGGCUAUUAAUGCGGCGGCGGGGAAGACGGUUGCUGCGUAUACUUUUGAUGCGGGUCCGAAUGCUGUGGUUUACUAUCUUGAGGAGAAUAGUGCGUCUGUUGUGGGUACGUUCUAUGGUUUGUUGCCUGCGACGGAUGGGUGGAAGGAUGGUGCUAAGGUACAUGCGUCUGCUGCGGUGCCGCUUGAUGAGGCCACUUCGAGUCUGAUUAAGGGAGGUGUAAGCAGGAUUAUACAGACUGGUGUUGGGGAGGGACCGAUUAAGACUGAUCAGCAUUUGGCUUAAGUCGGUGCACUCGACAUGAUGUGGGAUGAACGAAUGAUGAUUGAUAUCAACUUCAAAGACGGAGACUGGGCGGCAUCAAGCGAGAUUUUAUAGACAUCUACAACAGAUAUAAAAGCAAGAAGCAGUAGAGAAGAAGUUCAUGUAGAGAUCUUUUUUAAUAUCAGAGUGUUGUAUCUGAAGCGAAUUACCCCUCCAUCUCAUAACUAACGGCUAACUCCGAGUUAAGCUCUGGCCAACAUCA